GGGUUUGGUCGCGGCCGCGCAUUUCUCCCUUCCAGUCGCUCCUGAACACGAUGGUGGUGGGAACUAUCCAGAACCUUCUGCGACCGUUCCGCGGACCCCGUCGCGCUCCCGCUCUUCUCCUCCGCUUCUACAGCCUGGGGCCUCUGCCUCCACCGCCGCACCGACAGGCCGGUUACAUCUUCCAGUUGAAUUCUAUCAUCAACGCGCACCUCCGCGCCGGCAGAGUUACCGCCGCGCGCCGAGUGUUCGACGAAAUGUCGGAGCGGAAUGUGUUCACAUGGAACUGCAUGAUCUCUGGCCUCGUCAGGAACCGGAUGCUUGCCGAGGCCCGCAAGAUGUUCGACGCAAUGCCCAUGAGGAACUCUGUCUCGUGGGCUGCGCUCUUAACCGGCUAUGCUCGCUGUGGUAGGGUCGUUGAGGCCAGGGAGCUCUUUGACCAGAUGCCUGACAGGAAUGUUGUUUCUUGGAACGCGAUGAUAUCAGGCUAUGUGCACAACGGGAUGGUCAAGAGGGCACGCGAGUUAUUUGACAUGAUGCCGUCAAGGAAUGAUGUGUCGUGGUUAACGAUGAUCUCAGGUUAUAUCAAGAGAAAGCAUGUCCAUGAAGCGAGGGAGCUCUUUGACAGCAUGCCUUCCCCUUCAACUUCAGUGUGCAAUGCAUUACUGUCAGGCUAUGUUGAACUUGGUUACUUGAGGGCUGCAGAGAGGUUGUUUGGUCAGAUGCACACACGGAACCUUGUUUCUUGGAAUGUCAUGAUCACAGGGUAUGCACGAGCUGGCAGUAUGGGGAUUGCGCAGCGUCUGUUUGAUCAGAUGCCUGAAAAGGACAUUAUAGCUAGGACUGCUAUUAUGCGUGGCUAUUUGAAGAAUGGAUCUGUUGAUGCUGCAUGUAAGGUGUUCCAAGACAUGCCUCAUCGUGAUCUUGUUGCUUGGAAUACGAUGAUGGAUGGUUUUGUGCGGAAUGAGAGGUUGGAUGAUGCUUUGAGAUUGUUCUCUAAGAUGCUGGACAAGGAUCAGAUAUCUUGGAAUACAAUCUUGCAAGGAUAUGUCCAACAAGGGGACAUGGAUAGCGCGAAUACCUGGUUUAAAAAAAUGCCAAAUAAGGAUGAGACCUCAUGGAACACAUUGAUCUCUGGGUACAAAGAUGAUGGAGCAUUAUCUUUGCUUUCAGAAAUGAUCCGCGGAGGACUCAAACCUGACCAAGCCACUUUGAGUGUUGUCAUAUCUAUAUGUGCAUCUCUUGUUUCCCUCGGAUGUGGAAAAAUGGUGCACCUCUGGGCAAUCAAAACUGGUUUUGAGCAUGAUGCUUUGGUCAUGAGCUCAUUGAUAUCUAUGUACUCUAAGUGCGGGAUAAUCGGUGAAGCUUCCCAAGUUUUCGAGCUGAUUUCGCAGCGGGAUACAGUAACAUGGAAUGCCAUGAUUGCAACGUAUGCUUAUCACGGUCUGGCUGACGAAGCUUUGAAACUUUUUGAAAUGAUGACUAAAGCUGGGUUUAGUCCAGACCAUGCAACCUUCCUAAGCUUAUUGUCUGCCUGUGCACACAAGGGGUACCUAUACGAAGGCUGCAACCAUUUUCACAGUAUGCAACAAGACUGGAAUUUGGUCCCAAGAUCUGAUCACUAUUCCUGCAUGGUUGAUCUCUUAGGAAGAUCAGGCCUUAUACAUCAGGCUUAUGAUUUUACCAGAAAAAUCCCAUCUGACCUUCAAACAAACGCGUGGGAGACGCUGUUUAGCACGUGCAAUGCUCAUGGGGACAUCCAGCUUGGAGAGCUCAUAGCCAAAAACGUCCUUCAGGCUAGACCGUCUGACGGAGGAAUGUACACGCUCCUGUCAAACAUAUACGCCUCCAAGGAGAUGUGGAGCAGUGCCGCCAGUGUCAGAGGAUUCAUGAAAGAGCGGGGGCUGAAGAAGGAGACCGGGUGCAGCUGGAUCGAGCUGAAGGGGGAGGUCGUCUCCUUCUCGUCAAACGACAGCACGCAUCCUCUGAUCGAGCAGAUUUGCCAGGUGGUUGAUGGUAUCUCGGCCAUGAUAGAAGAGGCCACUUGAUAUGGGUUUAUCAAAGGGAAAUCUGAAGGUGUCACUGUGAUCAUUCCCAUUUCCAUGGCACAUGUGCCAUCAUCAAACCUUGGUUCUUGGAUUGCCAGAAUCCAAUUAGUGUGGCAUGAAAGAACUGCAGCUGAAACUCCAAGGUGCUGGAGCUCUGGAUCAGUAAGAGGAAGAAAAUGAAGAGCCUUUUGUAACUCCUGCUUGUCUUUUCAGGCCAUGGGGGCCCACACGGCCCAUUAUAGAGUUGGGCCGACGGUUCGGCCAUUCCAUGCGGCCCA